AUCCGAGGUAAGAGGGAGAAAAAGCUAAAUUCAUCUUUUUCCAGCCUGUUCUAAGCCGAGGAUGCGGUGUGUGCUAGUGUGAAGCGGCAUUUUAGACCGGUCGAACAAGACGUAAAUAAUCUGAGCGAGAGGGAGCCGCUGGACCGCCUCUGUGACACACAAGCAGAAGGUACACAAUAAACUAUAAAAAUAGCGUGGAAAACACGAAUAGAUGUAGAGUUGUCAUAACGAGCAACUGGCUAGGGUACAGUGGUCCUCGGAAGGACUGCUUGCGCGUGUGAGAAAGAAGAGAGAGAGAGAGAGAGAGAGAGGGAGAGAGAGAGAGAGAGAGAGAGAGAGAGAGAGAGAGAGAGAGAGUAAAAAAGCACAGCAUCUUUUCCGAAGCAAAGCAGCCGAGUAACCACGAAAAAAGCCAUCGUUAAUAACGGAACUGGAAGCCAGGCGAACAUCAUGAUUCCGUCCUCGACAAAUUCACCGAGCAAGGGAGCCAGCGACUCUGCAAGCGACGAAACAAGGCGAUGAUGGAUUUACUGAAAGCUACAAAAUGAUUUAAAUGACGAACACCAUCGUACGAUAAGAAGAGGAGACAGACUCCUACGUUAUUCGAACGGAAAAGAACAUAAAAGCGCUGGAAAGAAGGGGCUGAUCGUUGAAAAUGCGCGUAUUUGCCCUUUUUUUAAAAAUAAACGAAUUAAUUUAUUUAUUGCACUAUCAGUGAGACGGUGGAUUCGCUGUGGAUUACGUGUCAAUGUGAAAAAAAAAACAGACAAAACGCGAUUCCAUGUAUUGACUUCGUCCUUACUGCGCUAUUUGCAGCGUUGUGUUAUUUCUUUGAGCUGUCGUUGUUAUAUCCUGAUAAAAUGUGGUAAUCUAACUGUUAGUCGCAAAGACGGGUGUUGUCGGACAUAGGGGUAAAGAGUAUAAAAUCAAGCGGAGACGGAAAAUGAAUUGAUGCGAAUGCAGAAAGCGCGUCAUUGUUGAAAUAUUUUAAUAAGAAGGGAUGGUGUUACAAAAAAAUCAGAAGUCCUAAACGGAGGAAGACGAGAGAAAGCAAAGGAUUUCUGUAAGAAAAAAAAAAAUCCACCGGAUUCCUGCAACCCCCCGUGGCAACCUGGGAAUUAUCGGGUGCGGGGGCUGUCUGGCACGGGGCGGAACUUGAACCUCCGACCGCAGCGUCUGACCGAAUGAGCCCCGCGCGGGAGGAUGGAACGUAACAGACCAACGCGUGGCACGGUUCCUCUCCGCUCCUCCGUCCCCCUGCGCCAGCUCUGAGAAACUCAGCCCAGAUCUCCCCCCCCUCCCCGUCUCCCCGCACCCCCCGUCACUCCGCUCCGUUUGAGGGAGUCUCUGUAAACUCACACACAGCGCUGUGUCCUCCACUCACUCUCCUCCCUCCCCGGACUCUCUCUCCGCUCGGAGUCGGGUGAAAGCGGAGAGGCAGACAUGCACCUCGUCCCGCUGCAGGAGGGCGAGGGGGGCGCGGGAGGCCCCCGCCCCCGGCCCCGCCCCCGCCGUGCCUCGGACACUUGCCUGCUGUGGCUGCUGGGCCUGGCGCUGAGGCUGGCUCUGACGUCGUGUCAGAAGGCGGACGGCACCGCCAAGCACCCCAUGGUCACCACCAACUACGGCAAGCUGCGCGGGGUCCGCAAGGACCUCAACAACGAGAUCCUGGGCCCAGUGGAGCAGUACCUGGGCGUGCCCUACGCCACCCCGCCCAUCGGCGACCGGCGCUUCCAGCCGCCCGAGGCGCCGGGGUCCUGGCAGGAUGUCCGAAACGCCACACAGUUCGCCCCCGUCUGCCCUCAGAACAUCCACGGCGUGCUGCCCGAGAUCAUGCUGCCUGUCUGGUUCACAGACAACCUGGACGUGGUAGCGGGCUACAUCCAGAACCAGAGCGAGGACUGCCUGUAUCUCAACGUGUACGUCCCCACGGAGGAUGGUCCGCUCACAAAAAAACACGAUGAAUCUUCGAUGAACAGGCCGAGAGACGAAGAUAUCCGUGACCGCAGGAAGAAGCCGGUGAUGCUGUUCAUUCACGGAGGCUCCUAUAUGGAGGGUACAGGGAACAUGUUCGACGCCAGCGUCCUGGCCGCCUACGGCAACGUCAUCGUGGUCACCAUGAACUACCGUCUGGGCGUGCUCGGGUUCCUGAGCACCGGGGACCAGUCGGCUAAGGGGAACUACGGCCUGCUGGACCAGAUCCAGGCCCUGCGCUGGCUCAACGAGAACAUCGGCCAUUUCGGGGGCGACCCGGAGAGGAUCACCAUUUUCGGCUCCGGCGCCGGGGCGUCCUGCGUCAACCUCCUCAUCCUUUCCCACCACUCCGAGGGUCUGUUCCACAGGGCCAUCGCCCAGAGCGGCUCCGCCAUAUCCAGCUGGUCGGUGAACUACCAGCCGCUGAAGUACACCAAGGUGCUGGCGCGAAAGGUGGGCUGCAGCUUCGGGGAGACUGUCGACCUGGUGGAGUGUCUCCGCCGCAAGAACUUCCGCGAGCUGGUGGACCAGGACAUCCAGCCGGCGCGCUACCACAUCGCCUUCGGCCCGGUGGUGGAUGGGGACGUGGUUCCGGACGACCCGGAGAUACUCAUGCAGCAGGGGGAGUUCCUGAACUACGACAUCCUGAUUGGAGUGAAUCAGGGGGAGGGGCUGAAGUUUGUGGACGACGGCGGCUCCGAGAGCGAGGAGGGAAUCUCGGCCGCUGCGUUCGACUACACCAUCUCCAACUUUGUGGACAACCUCUACGGCUAUCCGGAAGGUAAGGACAUCCUAAGGGAAACGAUAAAGUUCAUGUACACAGACUGGGCCGACCGUGACAACGGCGAGAUGCGGCGAAAGACCCUGUUGGCGCUGUUCACAGACCACCAGUGGGUGGCGCCGGCAGUGGCCACGGCCAAGCUGCACGCCGAGUUCCAGUCGCCCGUCUACUUCUACACCUUCUACCACCACUGCCAGACGGAGACGCGGCCGGAGUGGGCGGACGCGGCGCAUGGGGACGAGAUCCCCUACGUUUUCGGCAUCCCCAUGGUGGGCGCCACCGACCUCUUCCCCUGCAACUUCUCCAAGAAUGAUGUCAUGCUCAGCGCCGUCGUCAUGACCUACUGGACCAACUUCGCCAAGACCGGAGAUCCCAACCUGCCGGUGCCCCAGGACACCAAGUUCAUCCACACCAAGCCCAACCGCUUUGAGGAGGUAAUCUGGACCAAAUUCAACUCCAAGGACAAGCAGUACCUGCACAUCGGCCUGAAGCCCCGCGUUCGCGACAACUACCGCGCCAACAAGGUGGCAUUCUGGCUGGAGCUGGUGCCUCACCUGCACAGCCUCCAUGAGGAGUACAUCAGCUCCACCACCACGCGGCUGCCCCCCGGCACCCCGCGGCCCCCCCGGCCCCGCACCACCCGCCACCCCGUCCCCACCUUCCCCCCGGACCCCGACCCCGAGGGCUCAGAGCGGCCGCGCUUUCCGCCGUUCCCGGGAGACACGCGGGACUACUCGACGGAGCUGAGCGUGACGGUGGCGGUGGGCGCCUCCCUCCUCUUCCUCAACAUCCUGGCCUUCGCCGCACUCUACUACAAGCGGGACAAGCGGCACGAGCUGCGGCGGCGGCUGUCUCCCCAGCGAAGCCCCGCCAACGACCUGGCGCACAGCCAGGAGGAGGAGCUGAUGUCACUGCAGAUGAAGCACUCGGAGCACGACGCCCACCACGACAUGGAGCCGCUGCGCCCCCACGAGAUCCUGCGGCCCGCCUGCCCGCCCGACUACACGCUGGCCCUGCGCCGCGCCCCCGACGACGUGCCGCUCAUGACCCCCAACACAAUCACCAUGAUUCCCAGCACCAUCACCGGCAUGCAGCCCCUCCACGCCUUCAACACCUACCCUGCCCCCGCCCCCGGCCACAACAACACCCUGCCCCACCCCCACUCCACCACCCGCGUAUAGUGGAGCCCCUACCGGGAGGACCUGCUCUCUUCGGGACUCCAGGCCCCCCUUCCCCCUCGACCCUGCGUCCCCCUCAGCUGUCGGUCCCCACCACCAACAGUGCCCCCUGCUGGUGCCCAGCGGAGACACGUGACAGAACAGAUGAUUUUUUUUUUCUGAAAACCCAUGACGGGUCGUCUUCUCCGCUCCCUGCCCCCCCAACACCGCAGCCCCCAC